AUGCAAAUAAAAGUCAAGACAAUAGCUGGAAGAGACUUAGAGCUUAAUGUCGACCCUGAAGAGACCGUCUUAGACUUGAAGCUGAAAAUAGAAAGUAUUGAGUUAAUACCAGCAGAACAGCAAAGGUUAGUGAGUAAUGGGAGAAUAUUGAUGAAAGAAAAAGACACGCUUGCCAGCCUAAAUAUAGUCUCUGGAAAUGUUGUUCAUAUGGUACUAGCCUUAAGAGGAGGAUAG